ACUCUUUAAUAUCAACCUGUUUCCUCCUCCUCCUCUCCUCCUCCUCCGCGGCCUCCUCCUCCUCCGCCUCCUCCGGCUCCUGAGAAACUUCGCGCCGGCGGUGCCGAGCGUCGCCGCGGAGCCGCGCAGGGACGCAGGGAGGCGCGGGCAGCGGGAGGCGGCAGCCCGGUGCGGUCCCCGCGGCUCCCGGCGGAGACCCGCGCCCGCCACGCCAUGGCCCGGAGACCCCGGCACAGCAUAUACAGUAGCGAUGAGGAUGAUGAAGACAUUGAGAUGUGUGACCAUGACUACGAUGGACUGCUUCCCAAGUCUGGAAAGCGUCACUUGGGGAAAACCAGGUGGACCAGGGAAGAGGAUGAAAAGCUAAAGAAGCUGGUGGAACAGAAUGGAACAGAUGACUGGAAAGUUAUUGCCAAUUAUCUCCCGAAUCGAACAGAUGUGCAAUGUCAGCACCGAUGGCAGAAAGUUCUAAACCCUGAGCUCAUCAAGGGUCCUUGGACCAAAGAAGAAGAUCAGAGAGUGAUAGAGCUUGUACAGAAAUACGGUCCGAAACGUUGGUCUGUUAUUGCCAAGCACUUAAAGGGGAGAAUUGGAAAACAAUGUAGGGAGAGGUGGCAUAACCACUUGAAUCCAGAAGUUAAGAAAACCUCCUGGACAGAAGAGGAAGACAGAAUUAUUUACCAGGCACACAAGAGACUGGGGAACAGAUGGGCAGAAAUCGCAAAGCUACUGCCUGGACGAACUGAUAAUGCUAUCAAGAACCACUGGAAUUCUACAAUGCGUCGGAAGGUGGAACAGGAAGGUUAUCUGCAGGAGUCUUCCAAAGCCAGCCAGCCAGCAUUGGCCACAAGUUUUCAGAAGAACAGUCAUUUAAUGGGUUUUGCUCAUGCUUCACCUUCAGCUCAACUCCCUCCGACUGGCCAGGCUUCAGUGAAUAAUGAGUAUUCCUAUUACCACAUUUCUGAUCCACAAAAUGUCUCCAGUCAUGUCCCAUAUCCCGUAGCGUUACAUGUAAAUAUCGUCAAUGUCCCUCAGCCAGCUGCUGCGGCCAUUCAGAGACACUGUAAUGAUGAAGACCCUGAGAAAGAAAAGCGAAUAAAGGAAUUAGAGUUACUCUUAAUGUCAACUGAGAAUGAACUCAAAGGACAGCAGGCUCUGCCAACACAGAACCACACAUGCAGCUACCCCGGGUGGCACAGCACCACCAUUGCCGACCACACCAGACCUCAUGGAGACAGUGCACCUGUUUCCUGUUUGGAGGAACACCACUCCAUUCCAUCCCUGCCAGUGGAUCCUGGCUCCCUACCUGAAGAAAGCGCCUCUCCAGCCAGGUGCAUGAUCGUCCACCAAGGAACCAUUCAUAAUGUGAACAUCUUAGAACUUGCAGAAACAAUUCAAUUUAUAGAUUCUGAUUCUUCAGCAUGGUGUGAGCUCAGCAGUUUUGAAUUCUUUGAAGAAGCAGAUUUUUCACCUAGCCAACAUCACGCAGGCAAAGCCCUACAGCUUCAGCAGAGAGAGGGCAAUGUGACUAGACCUGCAGGAGAGCCUAGAACGAGGGUGAACAAACGCAAGUUGAGUGAGGCUUCGCUUGACUCGCUCAAGCCCUCACUUCCUGCGAGGCACAGCACAAUUCCACUGGUCAUCCUCCGAAAAAAGCGGGGCCAGGAGAGUGGCCCCUUAGCCACUGGAGACUGUAGCUCCUUCCUACUUGCUGACGUCAGCAGUUCAACUCCCAAGCGUUCCCCUGUCAAAAGCCUACCCUUCUCCCCCUCACAGUUCUUCAACCCUUCCAGUAACCAUGGAAAUUUAGACUUGGAAAUGCCUUCUUUAACUUCCACCCCUCUCAAUGGUCACAAAUUGACUGUUACAACGCCGCUUCAUAGAGAGCAGACUGUGAAAACUCAAAAGGAAAAUACUAUCUUCAGAACUCCAGCUAUCAAAAGGUCAAUUCUAGAAAGCUCUCCAAGGACUCCUACACCAUUCAAACAUGCACUCGCAGCUCAAGAAAUUAAAUAUGGCCCCCUUAAGAUGCUACCUCAGACACCAUCUCAUCUAGUUGAUGACCUACAGGAUGUGAUCAAACAGGAAUCUGAUGAAUCUGGAAUUGUUGCUGAGUUUCAAGAAAAUGGACCACCUUUACUGAAGAAGAUCAAGCAAGAGGUGGAAUCUCCAACUGAUAAAGCUGGAAACUUCUUCUGCUCAAACCACUGGGAAGGGGAGAGUCUGAACACUCAGCUUUUCACACAAGCAUCGCCUGUGGCUGAUGUGCCAAAUAUUCUUACAAGUUCCGUUUUAAUGACACCGGUGUCAGAAGAUGAAGACAAUGUUCUCAAAGCUUUUACAGUUCCUAAACACAGGUCCCUGGCGAGUCCCUUGCAGCCUUGCAGCGGUGCCUGGGAGGCUGCAUCCUGUGGAAAGACGGAAGAUCAGAUAUCGGCUUCCGGUCAGGCUCGGAAAUAUGUGAAUGCCUUCUCAACCCAGACUCUGGUCAUGUGAGAUGUUUCCAGACAAGCAUUAUGGUUUUCAGAACACUUCAAGUUGUCUUGGGAUAUAUCAUCCUCUACAUGAAAUUUUUCAUGAAUGGGAGAAGACCCUAUUUUUGUUGUGGUACAACAGUUGAGAGCAGCACCAAGUGCAUUUAGGUGGAUGAAAUCUGACUGGAUUUCACCCAACUAAAAAGAUGUUUUUUAAUAAAUAAAUAACAGUCUUACCUAAAUUCUUAGGUAAUGAAUUGUAAUCAGUUGUUAAUAUCUUAAUGCAGAUUUUUAAAGACAUAAGAUGAUUUAUUUGUAUUUUCAAAGAUCUAACAGACCAGUAUUUUUUUCCUGUGAUGGGGUUUUGAAAUUUUACAUAAAAAAAUGUACUCCAAUAUUUCACUUUUCUCAAUCACUAAACACAAUGCAUUACUAUAAAUGUCAGCUUACUACCAUGAGAUAAUUAAUCGAGAUUGUAAAUGCUCAUUUAUGGUUAAUAACAUUGGAGGUACAUUUGUUGUACUAAACCAUUGUAUGAGUUUUUUGUUAGCUUGCUUUUAAAAUUAUUACUGUAUGAAAUAGUUUUAUAAAAAAUUAUAUUUUUAUUCAGUAAUUUAAUUUUGUAAAUGCCAAAUGGAAAAUGUGUUUUGCUGCUAUGGUCUUAGCCUGUAGACAUGCUGCUAGUGUCAGAGGGGCAGUAGAGCUUUGGAUGGAAAGAAAAGAAACUUGGUGUUAGGUAAUUGACUAUGCACUAGUAUUUUAAACUUUUGUUAUUUUUUAUAUAUAUGUAUAUCUACAUUUUUCCUUUUGUAAUACAUUGGAAAACUUGUUUGGGAGAUUUUUUUGCAUUUUUUUUUUAUUGUUGGUUUAUAAGAGCAUGCAUUGCACUUCUUUUUUGGGAGAUCUAUGUUGUUAAUGUCCUUUAUUUUGUUUUGAGUUCAGCCUGAGUGUUCUUUAAUUCAGGGGUUAUAUGUUCUAUCAACAUUCCCCCUGGUUUCUAAGUGUAUGGUCUCAGAACUGCCACACAGGACCUGUGUUGGCAGCUGGGGUCAAAAGACUGGGAUAUAUAUCCGGUUGCUGCCUUAAGCCAGUGGUGCAAGAUGGCCAGCACUGAACUUCUGAUAUGACAGUGUAUUUACUGCCUUGUAGUGAAAUAAAGCUGUGCCCUUAUUUUA